AUGUUCUCCACCGUCCGAUCUCUCUCCCCACUCCUCGUCUUUGCUCUCCUUCUCCUAUCCCCCGCGUUCGCCUCCGAGGCAGAUCACAAGUAUCAAACAGAAGAACCAGUUACUCUUUGGGUGAAUAAAGUUGGGCCAUAUAAUAAUCCACAAGAAACAUACAAUUACUACAGUCUUCCUUUCUGUCAUCCAUCUGAAAAUGCUGCUCACAAAUGGGGUGGUCUUGGUGAAGUCUUGGGCGGAAAUGAACUUAUUGAUAGCCAGAUUGACAUAAAGUUUCAAAAAAAUGUGGAUAGGGCCACCAUUUGUCAACUUGAACUUGAUGAUCAAAAGGUUAAACAAUUCAAGGAUGCAAUUGAGAAUAGUUACUGGUUUGAAUUCUUCAUGGAUGAUCUGCCUUUAUGGAGCUUUGUUGGUGAGUUGCAUCAGGACAAGAACAGUGAAAAUGGCAAGCAUGUCCUUUUCACGCAUAAGAAUAUUAUUGUUAAAUACAAUAAAGAUCAGAUAAUUCAUGUGAAUCUCACUCAAGAUAGUCCAAGGCCGCUGGAAGCAGGGAAAAAGUUGGACCUGACAUACUCUAUCAAAUGGAUUCCAACCACUGUCACCUUUGCACGUCGUUUUGAUGUCUAUUUGGACUACCCUUUCUUUGAGCACCAAAUACAUUGGUUCUCGAUUUUCAAUUCGUUCAUGAUGGUUAUAUUCCUUACUGGUUUGGUGUCAAUGAUAUUGAUGCGGACUCUUAGGAAUGACUAUGCAAAAUAUGCUCGGGAAGACGAUGAUCUGGAGACUCUGGAAAGGGAUGUCAGUGAAGAAUCUGGCUGGAAACUUGUGCAUGGGGAUGUUUUUCGGCCUCCUCGGAGUUUGGUUAUUCUUUCAGCUGUUGUUGGCACAGGAGCUCAGCUAGCUUUGCUUGUUCUCCUCGUCAUCUUACUGGCAAUUGUUGGAAUGUUGUAUGUUGGGAGAGGUGCAAUUGUUACAACUUUCAUAGUGUGUUAUGCCCUUACCUCAUUCAUUUCUGGUUAUGUAAGUGGUGGGAUGUAUUCAAGGAAUGGGGGUAAAAACUGGAUAAAGUCAAUGAUUCUCACAGCAUCACUAUUUCCAUUUAUGUGCUUUGGAAUUGGGUUCGUCUUGAACACCAUUGCUAUAUUCUAUGGGUCUCUAGCAGCUAUUCCUUUUGGCACAAUGGUGGUUGUUUUUGUCAUUUGGGCUUUCAUCUCUUUUCCUCUAGCACUUCUUGGUACAGUUGUUGGAAGAAACUGGAGUGGUGCUCCUAAUAAUCCCUGUCGUGUGAAAACCAUUCCUCGUCCUAUUCCUGAGAAGAAAUGGUAUUUAACCCCAUCUGUUGUCUCAAUGAUGGGAGGACUUCUGCCCUUUGGAAGCAUAUUUAUCGAAAUGUAUUUUGUCUUCACAUCCUUCUGGAAUUACAAGGUGUACUAUGUCUAUGGCUUUAUGCUUCUUGUUUUUCUGAUUCUCAUCAUUGUGACUGUAUGCGUGACGAUUGUGGGGACAUACUUCUUGCUGAAUGCUGAGAACUACCACUGGCAAUGGACUUCAUUCUUUUCUGCUGCAUCAACAGCCGUCUACGUGUACUUGUAUUCAAUAUAUUACUACCAUGCGAAGACUAAGAUGUCAGGUUUCUUCCAGACCAGCUUCUAUUUUGGGUACACUUUGAUGUUUUGCCUCGGCUUAGGAAUUCUCUGUGGAGCUGUUGGAUAUCUGGGCUCUAAUUUGUUUGUGAGGAGGAUCUACAGAAACAUCAAGUGCGACUAG